UCCUGUCUCCUGUGAGGUUUGAGAGGUCUGGGGACGAGAAGAGCAGAGGCGACUCCUUCCUCGUCCAUUUCUUUCCUUUUUUUCUCAUUUCUCGGCCGGGAAAGUGUCCUUCUGGGCUUCCGUUGGCGCGAAAUUGAUCUAUUUAUUUAAACAAGGAAGACGAUGGCGGACGAAGGUUUCGACCCCUGUGAGUGCAUCUGGAGCCAUGAGAUGGCCAUGAGGCGGCUCCUGUCACUGCUGAGACAAUCCCAGACCUACUGCACAGACAAUGAAUGUUUCAACGAAAUGCCCGGGCCAACAAUGCCCGCCCGUGACACUGGUUCAGAUAGCAUGAUGUUCCUGGCCAUGAUGUGGGGUCUUCUCGCCAUCGUCCUGUUCUUCUUGCGGCCGUCGUCCCUUCGCUCCAACCCAGAUGCCAAGCCCUCCAAUAGCCACCAGGAUGGGGGCUCCCCACCAGCUCCUCCAACGGCCAACUAGACCCCCCAGCAGUACCCUGCAGGUCACCAUGUCGUCUCCUCACUCCCCCCCCCCCAACCCCCAGAUCCCCCCCCCCCCCCCCCCUAAUGCCCUCCCAAGUGACUUUUUUCAUUUUCCAUAACCCAAGUGGAGGAAGACUUUGGCGACCCCAUUUUGUUGUGCUGUUCACCCGAAGGCUCUUGGACUGCUGCAUCUUGGCCCUUUCCUCCCUCUCCAUUCCUUUUGGAUUGUAAUUCCCUUUUUUUCUCUCCCCACUUUUUCACUUUCUUGCUUUUUAUUAUAUCUGAAAUUAGUUUUUUUUUUUUUUUUUUUUUUCUUCUUUUCUUCUUUUUCUUUCCUUUUCCUUUCCUUCUUUCUCAUCCUUUGUCCACGCCUUCUUGAAUCGCACAACAAAGGAGAUACAAGAUCUGGCAAGUGAAGGAAUUGGCACAGGCAUUUUCCGAAGGGAGUUCCAGGGAGAUUGAUUUGGGGUCUCGCAAUUUAAAGGGCUCCUUAUUAAGAUAUUUAUUUUUCAUAUGAUGAUGAUUCUUCAAAAGUUUAGAGAAAUUGUGGUACUGUAUCAAGAGUCUUGUUAUUAUGGUGAUUGAUUAUUAUUAUUAACGUUAACUGAUCUCGGGAAUCGACAAGAAAAAAAGGCAUUUGUUUACCUUUUAUUGCUGUGUUCAGGAUCUUGACUCUUAUAAUGUACCUUUUAAUAUUUGUACUGUUCUAUUUUUCUUUGGAUGUUUUAUUAAUUAAAGUUUUCUCACUAGUAAAUCGAAAACUUUGAAAAAGUGUAAAUCCAGUAUCAGUACAUGCUUUUGAUCUUUAAAGGACUGAAGUAUUGUCAGUUUAUUUUUAUUUAUUUUUAUUUUUUUUAUUUCAUUUAAUAAAUCUACUUUUAUUGUCAAAUUCAAGGAUAAUCUAAGUUGAAAAUUCAAACACAAACUUUCUGAGGUCAUGGAUGUCAAAAUCUUAAUUGGAAGUUCUUGCAUCGCAGCACUGUUAUCGUAUGUAUGUGUAUUUGUAGAUUCUGGCAUACACAGGCUGGUAUAUGCUUACACACAUGACAGAUAGUUUGAAGUGCAGAGGUGAUCCAGACCUUAGUUUCUGCCACAAGAUUGCAGUGCUUAUCAAGAAUCACAACAAAUUAUCAUGAUAAAGAGAGAGAGACCUCAGAAAGCAGCAGUACAACCGGUAUUUAGAAACUUAAGAAGAUUUUUACCUGUGAUAUUUGCAGAAUACCCUUUCACCAACCCCCCAUGCUCCUCCUCCUCCUCCUCCUCCUCUCCCCAGAAAGCAAUUAUUAAACAUUUAGUUCAGUAAGGCCAUUCCCCCCACCCCACCCUUCCUCCCCCAUCCCCAAAGAUCCUGGGUGUGAGACCUUAUACAGGGCCUCCAUUCGGCUUGACACACAGUGCUGAAGGGCCCAAGUAGAGGUCGUACACAAAGGUCAAGUUGGGUUCCCAUGUCGGUAAUCUAGACCUCAAAGUUAACUGCACUCGCUCUCAGGCAUAGCAAUAGCAUCAUGCUAUGGCAUCGCCUUCGCAGUGCAAAGGUUGAAGUUACUUAAACGACUUGAAUGUAAAGAAGCACAUGGGGGUUGUUAAGCUAGAGAAAGCACAGCCUCCCUUUGGGGCCUUGUGUGUGUGUGUGUGUGCAUGCGUGUGCAUCACAGUUAAAGACACGGAUUUCAGAGUAAAUAAAAGGAGUAAAGAUACAAAAGUUGAAACAUAAUCAGUGGCUGAAGGGAAAGAGUCUGCUACAGGUGUACAGGAGGACUGACUGACUCGCUAUAUGGUCCUAAUUUUAUAUUAUUCUGCCCCUCGUUUUUUCCUUUUUCCUUUUCUUUAUUUCACCACAUUCAUUGGGUCAUGCUGCUGUCAUGCUUGACGAAUCUUAAAUUUCCCCAUAUAGUUUAUGUAAACACACAUAUUCAGUAGAAGCACAAACAAUAGAAUGAAAGACAUAUAAGCACAAGAACACAUUUAAAAUUAAUUAUUCAUUUUGGUCAUUAAAAGAUAAUAUGAACACCACUUGCACAAGGAACUACUUUUUAUCUUUUAAAAUAGAGAGCUUUAACAUCAUUAAUCCAUAUUUCAUCUUUUUGUUUCUGAGCAAAGUGUGUUCCAGCAUUCCAUGACCGCAAAUUGUCAGGUUGUGCCGAUGAAGGAUUAUGUCUCAAACCAAAGGGAAGGAAGAGGUUUGGGCUUUUGUCUACAGACGUUAAGGAGGACUUGAUUGAUGAAGGUGCUGGUUUCACGUGCGCAUCGUUAAAUAGGCGUUGUGACGAUUGUGAAUCAACAGAGGGAAAAGUUAUGUCGACCAUAACACCUCAGGUGCAUUUGCAGUGAGCUAGUUACAUUUUUGGUUUUUAUUGUUUAGAUUUUAAAAGUUUUAUCAAAAAAUUGUCAGGUCCUCUUUGGAAAUGCCCUUUUUUAUAAGAGUAUCAGCACCACACUGCCUAAAGCCCUUUGUAUAUGAAUCAUUUAGUAGACAGUCGAGGACACGGAACCAAAUAUUAAAAGCAGAAGUAACACUGAUGUAUAUAAUGUUAUUUUAGGACAGGCAUUUGAUGAUCAUCCUCUUAAAAUCCAGCAUUGAAGUUGUUUAGGGCCCAAAGAAAAACAGUCUUCGGCAAUAUUGAGUCUUUUGUGCUAUUACACCUAUUAUUUCUAGAAUGUGUGGUUUCAUCAAUGUAAACUUAUAAAUACUUUUGUAUAAUUAUUAGAGCAUAAAAUCUAAUUACAGAAACUGUCACAGAUUUGUGUGAAGUGUGACUUAUAACACAGGGUCCAAAGAACAUAAAUUUGCUGUUUUAUGAAAUUUUUUACAACACAAUUUUACAUGCUGGAUGUUUCCUCAUCCUCAUUUGUAGGUUUAAGGCAAGUGUUUCCUUUCAUAAGUCAUAAGGAAAGACCAUCAGAGCCUGUACUGUGCAUAAACCGAAGAUAUUUCCCGCCCCUUAUUCCUCUUCAAGAAAGAAUAACUACAGCUUUGCGGCGAGAGAGAAGAAAAGAGUCGAUUUUGAAAGGCUUUAUACUCUCAUUUGUAACCAAACCAUUUCUGCAAUAUUAUAUUUACUGAGUAUUAUAGAUUGAGCCGUUAUUUUUCUUUUUGUUCACUUUUGUAUAAUGUAACAAAUCUGACAUAUGGUUUGAUGGUUAGGAAAAACCCCACACAAUAGUCAUUUCAGCAUUUUGAUGCAGCUGAGAAAAGAUUUGCACGUUGUCAAGAGAUUUCUUGUAAAGAAUGUUAAACUUUUUAAAAUGUGUACGAGGUAUUUUGCUUUUAUAAGUUUUCAAAAGAGACGAGUCAGAUUUUAAUGAAGGGAGAAAUUCCUAUUGAACCUAGUUUUUCCUAGUCCCAAAUCAUUUUAUUUCCAGUUAUAGUAUUUAUAUAUAAUCUAAAGGGAUGGUUAAUUAUUUAGGAACUAUAUUAAACUUUUUGGCACAAAUGAAAAAUAUAUAAAUAAAAAAAAGAACCCAUU